UGAUCGCGGUGGGAUGGGCUGUGAGCUGUUCAAGAUGGCGGCGCCCUGUGGAGUGCAGCUACUCUAACAGCGGUGCCUGGAGACUGUAUUGGUGGGUGGGCCCCAGGAGUCCUCCAGGCAAGUGGGGACGGACGCCGUGAGAGAGACGCUGCCUCCACAUCCAGCACUGCCAUCGCCAUGGCCAGGGAGCAGCCCAACGUGGGGGACCUCCUCCCACUCUUGGAGACCUCUGACCUCCACCAGCUAGAAGAGAUCAGAGGCCUUAUCAACGAGCAGCUCAGCACUGAACGUGGGUCCAUGCUGCUAAAUGCGCUGGUGGACUACUAUUUGGAAACCAACUCCGCCCAGGCUGUGCAUAUCCUCUCGUCUGUCAGAGAGCCACAUGAUAAGCACCUUCUAGAUAAGAUGAAUGACUGUAUGACCAAACAGGCCUGCCGGCUGCCCACCCUCACUCUGCUCGGCCAUGUAGUCCGCAAGCAGCCGUCCUGGAUCCACAAGCUUGCUCGAUACCCUCUGCUGCUCUCACUGCUCAAAUGCCUAAAGACGGAUACAGAUGUAGUUGUGCUCAUAACUGGAGUGCUAGUGCUGAUCACUCUGCUGCCCAUGAUCCCUCAAGCUGGGAAACAACACCUGUGGGAGUACUUUGACAUCUUUGGCCGUUUGGCAUCCUGGAACCUGAAGAAUCCAGGCAAUGUUUCAGAGGUUUACCUAAUCCACCUGCACGCCAGCGUCUAUUCCCUUUUCCACCGUCUCUAUGGCAUGUAUCCUUGCAACUUUGUGUCCUACCUACGUUCCCAUUACAGCAUGAAGGAGAACAUGGAAACCUUUGAGGAAAUAGUUAAGCCGAUGCUUGAACACGUUCGUAUUCAUCCAGAAUUAGUGACAGGAACCAAGGAUCAUGAGCUUGACCCCACCAGAUGGAAAAAGUAUGAAAUCCAUGAUAUCGUCAUCGAAUGUGCCAAAGUGUCUCUAGAUCCCAAGGAGGCCUCCUGCGAGGAGGGCUAUUCCACCAUGCCUGAGAACUUUUAUCCCCAAAUCCACCUGCGACCACUGGACUGCACUUCCAGCCCCUACACAGACCUCCACAGCAGCUAUGGAAGCACUUCUUCAACCCCAUUCUCGACUCCACGGCAGCCGCUGCCCCCACCCCUGUCCUUGCCCCCCUUCUCAGGGACACAAUCCUCAUACCGCAGCCCGCAGACCUCCAGACGGCAGAACUCCUGUGAACUCAACUCCUCCUGCAGUGGGAAAGACCCUCUGUGGAGCCCCUCCUCUUUGUGUGGCAUGACUACACCCCCUUCCUCAAGGGGCAUGUCGCCUAAUUUGGAGCUCUCCCACAGUGCCUCACAUCUUCCCACCCGCUUCCACUGCACAUCAGGAGGAAAAGGAACGCCUGCCUCCAGCACUCCAGCCACUUCUUCACCACCUCCCACCUUAUCAGAUGACUUUCCCAUAAUCUCCUUACCAGCCAACACAGUCCAGUCCAGUCCACCAAGAAAAGAUCGGAGACACGGGGAGAGCACAAAGCCCACCCUGGUGAGACAAGACCAAGUAAAAGAACUGGAGAAGAGUUCAGAAGUGGCCGCGAGCAAAGAUGCAGGGGCUGCAGAGAACAUCUCCAUGACUCUGACAGAGCUUUCAGUUUUCAUGAAGAAACAGGAGAUGGAGCUUCAGCUGAGAACAGAAAAGGAAAAGGAGAAGGAAGAGGCUGCCAUCACAGAGGAGCUAUGGAAGCUCACUGAAGAAAAGCUGGAUCUGUCGGGCAUCAGGGGCUUUGACUCCCCUUUCUAUCACACCACUGAGACCCUGACUGGCUGUCAGACACAAGACAAGACCCGCUCCAGCACGCAGCCUGGAGGCCCCGUCCGGGACACGCACCAUGCUGUAUCAACACCAGAUAAAUCAGAGAACACUGCAAGUAGCAGCACUGUUGGCAGUGAAAGAGGAGGGGGAGCAGGAGGAGAAAGGAAUUCUGCUCUCGGCCUGGAUCAGUCUUGUUCCUUUCACACGUGUUUCACUCCUAUUGAUCACCACCUGCACCGAAGCCCCUCUGCCCCGGAUGAUGAAGUGACCAAGUUUGGGAUGUUCUCCCCGAGUCCGUGCAACAAGACGCCAGCCCCGGUGCCCUAUGAGUCAUUUUUUGACCUAGCUCUGCCGAGGGCAGCUUCACUCUUUGUUCACCAAAAGACAUCAGAGGCGGUGCACAAGGCCACCGUGGAGAGAUUGUUGCAGCGGGAGGAGGGGUUGGAGGAUGGAGAGGAGGAAGGGGUAGUGUCUGCUUCACCACUGGAGGUGCUGGAUCGCCUUGUUCAGCAGGGAAGUGACGCCCAUGACAAAGUUCUCAAGAGAUUACCUUUGCCAAGUAAAUCAGCUGACUGGACACACUUUGGAGGCUCAGCGCCGCUGGAUGAGCUUCACACGCUGCGCAGCCAGCUGCUCCUGCUGCACAACCAGCUGUUGUACGAGCGCUACAAGAGGGAGCAACACGCCGUCCGCAACCGACGCCUCCUUCGGCGCAUCAUCAAUGCCACUGCACUGGAGGAGCAGAACAACGCCAUGAAGGACCAGCUGAACCUGCAGAGUGUGGACAUCCUGUCUCUAAGGGAGAGCCUGCAGGUGGAGCAGCAGCGAUACAGGCAGCUGUGGGAGGACCGGGAGACGGUGGUGACCAGGCUGCACAGUCAGAUCAGACAGCUGCAGCAGGGCCGAGACGACUACUACACCAAGAACCAGGAGCUCCAGAGCAAGCUGCAGGAGUAUCAGAAAAACAUGGAUGAACUGGAGGCAGAGCUUCAAAGGGCCAACAACAAAGUGUGUCACACUGGUCACCUCCUCAACCAGAUGACUGUCAAGCUGAGCAACAGCGAGAGCACCCAGCAGCAGAUGAGCUUCCUGAACAAGCAGCUGCUACUCCUUGGGGAGGCGCAUAAGCUGUCCAUGCAGGAAUUACAGCAUGCAGACGCCAAUAACACAAAGGAGACCCAGAUGCUGCAUGUAUCUUACAGGAAGGAGGUGGAGACCCUAAGGCAGAGUCUGCUGGUUCAGGGGCAGAAACUGGAGGCAGCGCAGCAGAGAGUCGCCGAGCUGGAGACGCUUCUCUCCAAGAAGGAACACCUCAUCGCUGAGCAAAAGAAGUUCCUCGAAGAUGUAAAAUGUCAAGCGAAGGCUGAACUGCAGGCUUCAGACAGCAGGUAUCAGGCUCAGAGGAGAAUCACUCAGCUGCUGCAGACUGAACUCCUGCAGCUCUACAGCAGAGUAGAGAUGGAGGCUCCAGCCAGCACCACCUCCAGCUCACCACCAGAUGGCAGCGAUGACCCACACAUGCUUUGUGACUCCAGUGGCAUGGUGCCAGAUGGACCAAGUAACAUUCACACCAACGAGGAGGCGGACCGCAGACCACCACAUGACUCCCCUCGUGGCAACAACAGCACUUUAUCUUCAGGGCAGCCAAAGGCGAGCAAUUCUUCCAAGUCAAUGGCCAACUCCAUCAACGGCAGUCAGGAACUGGUCCCACCCCUGCUUGUGGAGCCCUCGCUGCCCUGCACUCACGCCAGCCCACUCGCUCCCCUGCCCACCUCAGACACACCACUCACCGUGGGCUCCUAUCCCAGUGCCAAGAGCUUCCUGGGCAUGAGGGCACGUGAGCUGUUCCGCAACAAGAGCGAGAGCCAGUGCGACGAGGACCAGCCGCCACCACGCCUUGCUGGCCUUGCCCAUGGCCUGAAGACUGAGCUGUGCGUGGAGAUGGCCAGCCUAAGUUAUAUUGCCCCAGUCGGCCCUGCACCUUCACCCAGCCUGACCCCUUCCCCUGCUACUCCUCUCACUGUGCCCACCAAGGAGCCCGCCUCUGAGUCCAAGCAGCAGGCAUCCAGCCAGGAAAGUCCUUGCAGAAAGGCAGGGGCAGGGCCCAGUGGCGGGAGGAGUCAGGGGGGGUCAAGUCGCCCCCGGCAGCAGCAGCUUAAGAUCAUGGACUAUAAUGAAACGCAUCACGAGCACAGUUAGGGACACAGAACUGAGCCGGGAUGAAGGGAGACUGAAAUUUAAUGAUGGAGAAGAGCUACAAAUCGACAAGAGUAACAUGUCAGCGACUCUUUGGAAUUCAGUGUUAUUUGUCCCAUUCCCUAAGUGUCCGUCUGGGUGGACAACAGGAUUUCUACUCCCCCCCCCCGUAUAAUGCUUUAUUCCCCUGAAGAAUUUUGAUAAUCUGACACAUGCAAAGUCACCAUGUUACCAGUGAGCAUGCUACACUUAUGAAUUUGGACAGAAGACAAAGGUGCUGAAAGGUGCACUGACAGGAAGUUGAUAGUGAUAAAGAAUCAUGAUCUUACCUACGCACAGCACCAUGACGUUCAUGUUUAGAGUCAGUUCAUCUAAAUUGGAGCUACUUUCUAUUGAGAGAGUUUAUUAAAAUACUUAAAAGCUGUGAAAAUUCCACUCUUCACACUUGCAUUGGCUGAGAACGUAGAAUUCAAACGGUCUGGCAUUUCAAAACUUGAAUUAAUAAAUCAUAAACUCUCUUUUUGUCAUGAGUGAGAGAGCCUGAAUUUUAGGUGAACUGGCAUCUUACUCACAUUUUUUUCUUUUAUCAAUUUAAAAGGCGGCAAUUCAAAUAAGACAAUUUAUUUAUAUUUUUUUGUCAGUUUAAUCACAUUUCAAAUUGAUCUUAAGUUGACUGAGUUUAUGUUCGGUUUGUUCUAGUGACACUUUGGACCCUCACUUUAUUGUUCUUGGGCUUAAUCUGAACAUUUCCUCACAAACUUUUAAAGUUUUGUCAAAGGGAAAUUUGGUUUUGUUUCCAAAUGUUAAAGUGUCGGCGAUGCAGUCAUUCUGAUUCGUGUUUCCGCAAAUAAGGAAAGUGAGUGAGAUUUAGAAGCUGGUAACAUUUUUAAGCAUUUUUAUAAAUUCAAUGUUUUCUACUUUUUUUUUUUUUUUUUUUUUUAAAUACUUUUUGGGUACAUAUUCUAUAUUUGAAUCUGACCAGGCAAGUUGCACAAGCCCAAGCGAUAAAAAUCAUGAUAUUCAAUUUAAGACCAUUAUUUUGAAAGUGCCAAGCAAUACAUUUGCAUUCUAGCUGACCUCAGGCAUCUCCAAACACAAAUUGUUCACUCAGCUGGACAACAGACAUGUCCUAUCCGAUGGGCUUUUCCUUUCUGCAGGUCUGAUAAACACGGAGUUACCUGUUCUCCUUUGGAAGCAUUAGAAGUAAACUCCUGCUGUGGAAGUCCGUCUAAAUCCUGUUGUCCACCGGGAACUCCUGCUGUUUUUUCCUUCUGCCUCGCUAUCUAAAGCAUGUUCAACAAUCCACUUUAAAUGCCAACCGUAGUAUCUACAGCAAACCAAGACAGAGGGUACAAUCAGCACAAACUGAAGAAACCAGGACUCUAAACAGGAGCUGGAGAAUCUGGGACAAAAUGGCAAAAAAGGAAGUUCGUAAAGCAGUGGCUUGUGUUUAACUGUGAACAAUAAAGAUCAUCAAUGUUUUGCACUACA